GAAUAUUUAAAGAUAGAAAUGAACUGAAUAUAUCAAUACUGUGUUUACUAACACAAUGGCCAGAACUAAAGGACAUAUUGAACGACCAAGCAAUAAAUCAGCUAAGGCUGUAAAAAAUGUAGCAUUCAAAGCUGCUAAAAAGAUGUUAUCAAAGGAUAGUACUAAGAAGAAAAGAGCACAUCCAGGUGCAGUUGCUCUUACUGAAAUUAAAGUCUUACAAAGAUCUACUGAGCUUUUAUUAAGAAAAGCACCAUUCCAAGCUCUUGUCAGAGAAAUUGCUCAAGUCUCAAAGAGUGAUUUAAGAUUCCAAUCAGCUGCUAUUUCUGCUCUUCAAGAAGCUGCUGAAGCUUAUCUUGUUGGACUUUUUGAAGAUACCAACUUGUGUGCUAUUCACGCUAAGAGAAUUACCAUUAUGCCAAAGGAUAUGCAACUUGCUAGAAGAAUUAGAGGUGAAAGAACAUAAGUAUUCUCUUAUUGUGUCUAUUUGAAUUUUUCUUUAAUC